UUAAUUAAAAAAAAGUAAUACUAAAACUAACAACAUGUCCACGGCCAAUAAAGAAAACCUCUUGUUGCUCUUCGAUCGUCCUACUGAGCCUGUGUUUAUGGAAAAGGGUAAAACCUCUACCGUAUUUGAUGUGCCUGAUAAGUUUCUAACCGAUCGUUAUCGGCCUAUUGGCAAUGAGGUGCAGUCUCGUUUUGGUGACUCUGCUGACAAAAAGGUGCCAGUACGUGACAUACGUGUGCCGGAUCUAAGAAUACCCAUGUCCUUGGGUCGUGAUGAAAACUUUUCUUUGUUUAUACCAAAACACCGAGCUAUUGCAGGGCGUUUGAUUGAUAUUUUUAUGGGCAUGCGUACCACAGAUGAACUGCUGAGUGUGGCAGUUUACGCUCGUGAUCGUGUAAAUCCCUAUAUGUUUAACUAUGCUCUAUCGGUGGCAUUGCUGCAUCGUCCGGAUACCAAAGAUUUGGAUUUACCUUCCUAUGCUCAAAAUUUCCCCGGUAAGUUUGUAGACUCUCAAGUUUUUCGUAGAGUACGAGAAGAGGCAACUGUUGUGCCGGAAGGUUCCCGCAUGCCUAUAGUAGUGCCCAGAGAUUAUACGGCUUCUGAUUUGGAUCCUGAACAUCGUCUGUGGUAUUUCCGUGAAGAUAUUGGUAUAAAUUUACAUCAUUGGCAUUGGCAUUUGGUUUAUCCAUUUGAGGCUACCGAUCCUCAGAUUGUAACGAAAGAUCGUCGUGGUGAAUUGUUCUACUACAUGCAUGAACAGGUCAUGGCACGAUAUAAUAUGGAACGUUUCAGUAACAAUUUGGCUCGCGUGAUUAGAUUAAAUAAUUUCCGUGAACCCAUACCUGAGGGCUAUUUCCCUAAAAUGGAUUCUUUGGUGGCUAGUCGUGCUUGGCCACCACGUUUUCAGAAUACCCAAAUCAAAGAUUUAAGGCGUCAAGCUGAUCAAAUAAGUUUGGAUGUGGGAGAUUUGGAGAGGUGGCGUGAUCGUAUAUUGGAAGCAAUUCAUAUGGGAUAUGCUGUGGAUGAACAAGGCCAACGUAAAAUGCUUGAUGAAGCUACUGGCAUUGAUACUUUAGGCAACAUGAUUGAAUCGUCCAUUAUUUCGCCUAAUCGUGCUUUGUAUGGUGACUUCCACAAUCAAGGACACGUAUUCCUAUCGUAUUGUCACGAUCCCGAUCAUCGUUUCUUGGAAUCAUUUGGUGUUAUUGGAGAUUCUACGACCGCUAUGCGAGACCCAGUCUUCUAUAGGUGGCAUGCUUACAUUGAUGAUAUAUUCCAGGAUCAUAAGAAACGUCUACCACCCUACACCCUGCCGCAACUGCAAUACGAGGGUAUUUCCAUAACGGGCAUACAAGUAGCCUCUGAAGGUGGUCAACCGAAUAUUUUGUCCACAUUUUGGCAACAAUCUGAUUUAGAUUUAUCUAGAGGUAUGGACUUUGUGCCAAGAGGCAAUGUGUUUGCUCGUUUCACUCACUUACAGCAUACACCCUUCACUUAUACGAUUAAUGUUAAUAAUGCUGGCGGUGCAAUGCGCUUUGGUAUGGUGCGCAUAUUUAUAGCUCCCAAACAUGAUGAACGUGGCCAGCCAAUGUUGUUCACUGAACAGCGUUUGUUAAUGGUGGAAUUGGACAAAUUUGUGGCAUCGCUUAAUCCUGGCAAGAACACCAUUAAACGUCGAUCUACUGAGUCAAGUGUGACCAUACCAUUCGAGCGUACUUUCCGUAAUUUGGAAACUAAUCGUCCAGCUGUUGGUUCUGCUAAUGAACUAGAAUUCAACUUCUGCGGUUGUGGUUGGCCUCAACAUAUGUUGAUACCCAAGGGUCUUCCGGAGGGUUUGAGCUGUGAAUUGUUUGUCAUGGUAUCCAACUAUGAAGAAGAUCGUAUCGAUCAACAGUUAUUAGGUUCAUGCAGUGAUGCUGCUUCCUAUUGUGGUGUUCGUGAUCUUAAGUAUCCUGAUCGUCGUCCCAUGGGCUUCCCCUUCGAUCGUUUGCCGCGUCAAGGUGCCGAUCGUUUGCGUAAUUUCCUUACACCCAAUAUGAGUAUGGUUGACGUGUCUAUACGUAAUGAUCCCAACAGAGUUGUGCAGCGUCAAAAUUGAAGGGCUAAUUAAAGAUUGAGCAUUUGUCGAUGAUGAAAACAUGCAAUGUUUAAAGGUUUAUGAGUUUGGACUAUUUGAUUUGAUAUUUAGAUAUAAGUUUUUUUUGGUGGAUUUGAAAAUAAAAAUACGUACAUACAUACAA